GACACAGAUCCAAAGGCCAACACCACACCUGAAGAUGUGGAUCGACAGUCUUCAGCAACCACCCAACCGCCAGUCAUGGACCCAUCAGCUGUCAUCGUCACUACCCAACCUCCAAUCAGUGACCCACAUGUCACUGAUGUCACCACCCAACCUCCAAUCAGUGAUCCACAUGUCAUUGAUGUCACCACCCAACCUCCAAUCAGUGAUCCACAUGUGACUGCAGUCACCACCCAACCUCCAAUCAGUGAUCCACAUGUGACUGCAGUCACCACCCAACCUCCAAUCAGUGAUCCACAUGUGACUGCGGUGACCCAACUGUCACUCUCAGACCAACAGUCUCCAGUACCCAAUCCUGCAGUGACGAAUGGGCAAGGACAGGAUACGGAGAAGAAGAGCGACACCUUUCUGCAGCGCAUGAAGAAUGCCGACACCAUGGGGGAGAAGUUUAGUGAGGUCAAGUCAUCAAUGACCCACGGAGCACAGAAGAUUGGGAGAAUGAUCGAUGACAAGAUUAGAUCUUUCAAUGCGCACAAAGAUCCCCAGAUGACUAUGCUUCCUGCGGAGGGCCCACCUGUAGCACAGACUCCUGCUGUUGUCCAAGCACAGACUCUACAGUCUCUACAGUCUCCCGUGAUAGCACAGCCUCAGGUUGGGUACACACAGUAUCCCAUGGAAACCAAGAAUCAGGCUGCAACCAUGGCAACCACACCCCAGGCCAUUCACCCCCAGGGUCUGGCUGUGGUACAACCCCAGGACAUCAGUCCCCAGCUGAUGGCAGCUCCUUACCACCAGUUUCAGAGUCAAGGUCCAGGGAUGGUGAUCGUGUCUGGUAGUCUUGGCGACCAGCCGAGCGUGACGGUCUGCCCUAACUGUGGGAGACGAGUUAUGACCAGAGUGGUCUACAGGAGCGGACCGUUCUCAUGGCUAAUGUGUACCACCUGCAUGAUCUUUGGACUGGUGCUUGGGUGUUGUGUUAUCCCAUUCUUCAUGGACAGCUUUAAAGAUGCCCAUCACUUCUGUCCUGACUGUGGAAACCCCCUACAUGUCCACAAGAGGAUGUAACACACACACACAUACACACACACACACACACACACACACACACACACACACACACACACACACACACACACACACACACACACACACACACACACACACACACACACAC